GUGAGAAUUGAAAUUUCUCCUAAAACUUUUAAGAUUUUGCAGGUAAAAACACGUAAAAAUGCCUCCAAAAUCAGCCAGCAAGAAAGAAAAGCCCUUAUGGUUCACUUGUGAGAAAUGUUCUUUGUUAAUCAUGGGACAACCAGCUCCAAAUAAUCAUCAAAAUUGUGAUUUAACUUCAACUGCUUCUUAUAUUACAACCGGUUCUUCAACAGUUUUCAAGCCAAAUAAAGUAGAAACGAAGACAAAUUUCGACGAAGAAUCAUCUUUAGCGAGUCACCAAUUAAAUAAUUUACUUUUUCUGAACCUCCAAGUCAUGCGAUUAGCUAAAUUUGUGAUUGGAGAACCUUUAUUAAUUAAAAACAACGAAGAUUUUAGUGUUAAAAACGCUUGGCCUGUCAACGAUAAGUCAUUGGAUGUCGUUCGUUUAACUAAAAAUGAGCUUUGGAGGUACGAGACAGGCAAUUUAACAAUAGAAAAGUUCGGAAAAAAAUUAAAUGAAGCAAAAAAUGUUGUUUUAAGAUGUUUAAACGAGUCAAAAAUCGAUGGAGAUCUGAAAAAGAAUUUGUUGAGAGUCGUAAAAUGCGAAUUUAAAGGCCAUGCAUUGAGAAAAGGACUCGAAUUACGAUUAGUUUUCAUGAACAAACCUUUUGUCUUUGAAGUUCAUGAAAUUUCUUCACAAAAUUCGCUGUCAGAGAAGCUCGCAACACUCUCAAUAGACGAUAAAACUCCAGAAUUCGUAAAAAUUGGAAAUUCAACUGAAAUUCAACUCUUUUCAAAGGACGAAACUCAAGAAAUUUCAAGUAAAAAAGUCAAAGAAGAAAUUUUCAUCGGCGGAUUAUCAAAACAACGUCAAGAAAUCGAAGAAAUAAUCGCCGCAAAGCAAACUCGAGCAGGUCUCACCAAGGGAAUUUUACUUCACGGAUCUCCGGGAUGCGGAAAAACGUUACUUGUCAAAUCCCUGUUAGCUGAUACGAGCAUCAAACAUGUUCAAAUCAAUUCUUCUGAGAUUUUCAGCAGAUAUUAUGGCGAAACUGAGGCCAAUUUAACAUCAAAUUUCGAAAAAGUCAAGGAAAAUUACCCGGCAUUGACUUUAGUUGUCGUCGAAGACAUCCAUAAUUUGUGUCCGAAAGCAGACAACACCGAUAUUGGUCGACGGGUGACUUCCUCCUUCAUCACUUUGAUGGAUCAACUCCCUGCCAAUGCCUUAAUUAUCGCGACAACGAACCAAAUUGAGAACCUAAGUGCGAAUUUGAGACGCAGCGGGCGCAUUGACUAUGAAAUUGAGGUUUCUGUACCGAGUCCCGAUGCGAGAAAUGAAAUUCUCGAUGCACUUUUGAGGAAACAUCAACUUUCAAUAUCAGCGGAAGAUGUUUCCAAGUUGGGUCUUGCCACGCAUGGGUACACAGGAGCUGAUUUAGAGAGUUUAAUAACGAAAACUUUGUGCAUGAACCCAAAAAAUACCGUUUCCAUCGAAGAUUUGAUGCAAAAUUUGACGAUUGUGAAGCCAAGUGCCAUGCGAGAAAUCCAAAUUGAGUCGCCAAACAUCAAAUGGAGCGAUAUCGGGGGUCAAGCGGAUCUAAAAUUAAAGUUGCAACAAGCUGUUGAAUGGCCCAUCAAGCAUCCGGAGACAUUUAAAAGGCUCGGAAUUACUCCUCCGCGUGGAUUAUUAAUGUUCGGACCUCCGGGAUGCUCUAAAACGAUGAUUGCCAAAGCACUUGCGACGGAAAGUUCAUUAAAUUUCCUCUCCAUCAAGGGAUCCGAGCUUUUUUCCAUGUGGGUAGGCGAAUCAGAGAAGGCAGUACGAAAACUUUUCCAAAAAGCGCGUGAAGUAGCACCCGCGAUAAUUUUUUUCGAUGAAAUUGAUGCAAUUGGCGGCGAACGCGGAGGCGAAGGAAGCUCAAAUUCCGUGAAAGAACGAGUUUUAGCGCAAAUUUUGACGGAAAUCGAUGGAGUUCAUGCCUUGAAAGAUGUUACAAUUGUCGCGGCAACAAAUCGCCCGGAUCUGAUCGACAAAGCCUUGAUGCGUCCUGGCAGAUUAGAUCGUGUUAUUUACGUCGGACUGCCUGAUAGCGACACUCGACGCGAUAUUUUCAACAUAAAAUUACAAAAAAUGCCAAUUCACGAAAAUGUGACCUUGGAAAAUUUAGUUGAACGUACGGAAGGAUAUUCAGGAGCGGAAAUUCAAGCAGUUUGUCAAGAAGCUGCCUUGCAUGCGUUGGAAAUUUCCUUUGAAGCCACCCACGUGACGCAAGAAGAUUUUGAUUUUGCACUGAAAUUCGUGCAACCGAGAACAAGCAAAGCUCUGUUGGAGUUGUACGAGAAUUAUUUGAACGAUUACAAGUUUAAAUAAAAAAAAAUAAUUUUUUUUCAUGUUUUUUUUUUAUUUAUAUUAAUGUUUAUAGGUAUUUUUCACAUAAAAUUAACAUUUUUUUUUAAAUUAAAAUCUAAUUUUUACGAAAAAAUAAUUUUUUUAUUUUU